AUGAAAUCGAAAUCAAAAGCAGCCAGCAGACCUCAACGACAAGGUGCAAAGAAAUCUCAAGAAAACCCAAUCGAUGAGGAUAGGGCAAGUCCUCGACCAGCCAAAAGGAAGAGAACGUCUAGCAAGCCGAAGGACAAGAGAUAUGAAUGUCCUCAUGACGGCUGCGAUAAGAGUUACUCACGUGCAGAACACUUGUACAGACAUCAGUUGAAUCAUGCUCCAAAGCAAAUUUUUCAUUGUGAUUUCGAGGGUUGCGAUCGGCAUUUCGUCCGCCAGGAUCUUUGUGCCAGACAUCGGGAAAGACAUACCAAGGAAAACUCUCACUUAUAUCGUCGAGACGCGUUCAAUCAAUACGACAACAUGUCGAAUUCUGUUAGCAAUUCAAUCGCGUCUCGACUAGCUGCUCAUAUGAGCCAUUCGGACACAAUACAGGCCACGCCCAGUAAUUUGGCGACCUCUGUUACCAUGACCGAUCCAAUGAACGGUGCACGCCAUGAGGUCACCAACGCUUUUUUCGCUCGACCUAACAUGCCUCCUACACUCUCGAUGGAUAUGUACCAUCUCAACCCGAUGCAUAACAUGUUUUCACCAUUCAGCAAUACUUCUGGGGUUUACUUGCCACAACCCUAUUUCUCGCCGACUAGUGGAACUAGUCUGAAGUCUCCGCCAAGCUUCACCAACUUACCUACAGUGUCGCAAUCGGGUCAGACUUACGGUACUCAUAUCACUUCACCACUCGAACUCAGAUCAGAUUCAGUGGCUUCAUAUCUAUCGAAAGGGCCACCACUUAAUCAUCAUCCAAACGUCGGCCUUGUAGAUCCUACCACACUCGACAAUCUACCUACAGGUGCGACCGUACCAGUGUUCAACGAGAAUUGUGGACCAUCGCUCUCAGACAUGCCGGGUACAGAGUUUAUUAGCUGGCUAUUCGAGGGGGACCCAAACGCAGUGUUCUCGCCGCCAUCUCAGACAGCUUUUAACCCUGGUUCGAAUCCGCAGAUGCCAUUUGAGAACAUGCAUUCCGCAAAUGGAGAAGUACGUCUCGAGUCUCUUGUUCGACCUAGUCCGGUUGCCAAAACGGAGCAAGAUAGCAUACAACCGGAGUGUGUCCUUUCAAGCUCACGCAGACAGCGACUCCUAGAUCUGAUCAGGUCCGAAUUCAGAGACGGGAGACAUGCUCAAGUCACAGCUCAGAGAGAGAAGACACUCAAGGGUGAUCACGACGAGGACACACAUGUGCUAAGCUUGCGAAUGAUGCAAGUUUUCUGCAGUUCAUUCUGGCUGAACAUACACCCACAAUUGCCGAUCCUGCAUCGACCUACCUUUUCGACCGAAACAUGUCCAGAUCUCUUGCUUAUAGCCAUCAUGAUUUUGGGAGCUUCUUGCUUGGAGCCAUCCUAUGGAUAUGAGCUAACUCAAGCUUCAGCUGAAUUGGCCUUUUUCCUAGCCUGGCACAGCCGUCGAAUGUUAUUCGAGGACCCAGACUUCAUUCCACCAGCAAAACUUUGGUUAUUCCAGGCCUUAUUACUACUAGAAGUUUAUGAAAAGAUGUACUCAACUACGACUUUACACCAGAGAGCUCAUGUGCACCAUUGCACCACUCUCACCUUGAUGAGGCGAGGUAGCUCAUUAGUAGGGCGGGCGGCACUGGACUUCGCUCCUUACGACGAUCUUGAUCCAACAAGGACACCACCAGGUCCGAACGGUAGUGUCAACACCUGCGGCCGCAAUACCAAGGACGAGUGGUGGAACAACUGGAUCAGCAACGAGGCUACACGUAGAACGGCUUUUGCAGCUUUCAUCAUUGACACGACCCAUGCGACGAUGUUUGGUCACGCGGCAGUGAUGGUCGCCCAUGAGAUGCGAAUACCUCUGCCAUGUGAUGAGGCUCUUUGGGCUGCGCCUAGCGGGGCUGAGGUGCGAAAACUCGAGCACAGCCUUACACUCAGUGGCUACAGGCCGAUGAGCUUCCUUGAAGCGUGUAAGAGAACACUGAACGGUCAACAUGUGCAGACCAACACUUUCGGCCGAGUCACGAUCAUGGCAGGGCUAAUGAGUGUCAGCUGGCACAUGAGAAUGCAAGAUGUGAGAGCAAACUCGAUCGGAGUUGGUAAACAAGACAGUUGGGCUGAUCAGCUGGCCUCUGCCUGCAAUUUCUGGAGACGCGAUUUUGAUGCAUCGCUAAACCAGUCAUCAUCAAACAUAUCAGUAUACUUGCACGAUCGCAUGCUGAGCGACGUCAUGGAUAAGGAGAAGGUAUUCGAAUCUCGUACUGUCCUACACCACCUGGCGCGGAUGGCGAUGCAUGUGGACAUCGUUGAUUGCCAGAUCCUUGCUGGAGCAAAACGCUCACUAGGACGCGUAAUUACGGCCAAUGAUCAUGCGUUGACGGCGAAGAAGUUGAAAGAGACUUGGGCUCCAUCACAUGGAGCUCGUGAUGCAGUGUUCUAUGCGUUACACUUCUUGUCGGCUGUGCUGCUACCAGAGGGGGACGGUUCCUCCGGACUAAAUCUUGGUGCCCGAGUACUUGCAUAUUCAGCUCGUGACGACAAUUCGCUCAACCGUCCUUGGGUGCUCUACUUCGCUGCCCUUGUUGUAUGGACUUACGGAUUCUGCUUGGACGGACCUAUAGCACCGCCGUUGCCUACUUACACACUCAGGACGCAUGAGAUCCAAUUUAGGGACCUGCGUGGCUUCCUUCGCCGCGUAGGCGGGGUCAGAUCGGCCGAUGAUUUGCAGCACGUCAAGCAACGCAAUGGGAUGUUGGGGAUGUUGAUGCUCCUGAAAGAGAUCUUCAGCAAGACCCGAUGGGAACUGCUCCACGAGGCGAGUGAAAUGCUGGGAAAUUGCAUCGAAUUGCUAAUGCCGGGUAUAUCCAAUCUCUGA